AUGCAUUUCCAAUCCCUUCUUCUUGUGCUUCCAGCACUGAUUGCCGUCACUGGCGCUGCUCCUACUCCCCAGUCAUGCGACCGAGACGUUGACAGUGUAGCCUGCGGUCACCAAUCCUACGCUCGUGGCCUUGAGGUCGAGCCCGACACUGCCCACCAAUCUUAUGCCCGCGAUAUCGAGAUUGAGCCCGACACUGCCCAUCAGUCUUACGCCCGCCAAUCAUGCGACCGGGAUGUUGACAGUGUAGCUUGCGGUCACCAGUCUUAUGCCCGCGAUAUCGAGAUUGAACCUGAUACCGCUCACCAAUCCUAUGCUCGCGAUGUCGACGUUGAGCCUGACACCGCUCACCAGUCUUACGCUCGCCAAUCAUGCAACCGUGAUACUGAUAGUGUGGCCUGUGGACACCAGUCCUAUGCCCGUGAUGUUGAGGUUGAGCCCGACACUGCCCACCAGUCUUACGCCCGCCAAUCAUGCGAUCGGGAUACUGAUAGUGUGGCCUGUGGACACCAGUCCUACGCUUAA